CUUCUGAGCAUGAUGGCGUUUGAUCGCUACGUGGCCAUCUGCAACCCCCUUAGGUACCCUGUGGUUAUGAGCAAGGCUGCCUAUGUGCCCAUGGCUGCCGGCUCCUGGGCAGCUGGUAUCAUGAACUCCAUCGUACAGACGUCUCAGGCAAUAGGGCUGCCUUUCUGUGGGGACAAUGUCAUCAACCACUUCACCUGUGAGAUCCUGGCUGUCCUGAAGUUGGCUUGUGCUGACAUCUCCAUGAAUGUGAUCAGCAUGGUGGUGGCCAACAUGAUCUUCCUUGCAAUCCCAGUGCUGUUCAUUUUUGUCUCCUAUGUGUUCAUCCUCACCACCAUCCUGAGGAUCCCCUCAGCAGAGGGAAGGAGAAAGGCCUUCUCCACCUGCUCGGCCCACCUCACGGUGGUGGUUGUCUUCUAUGGGACCAUCCUCUUCAUGUAUGGAAAACCCAAGUCUAAGGAUCCACUGGGGGCUGACAAACAGGAUCUUUCAGACAAACUCAUCUCCCUCUUCUACGGGGUGGUGACCCCCAUGCUCAACCCCAUCAUCUACAGCCUGCGGAACAAGGACGUGAAGGCUGCUGUAAAGAACUUAGUGGCUCAAAAAGAGUUUGACUGA